AUGUUGAGUGGUUUCGCUAAAAGAAAACGGGCUUUGGAUUCACUCUUUCGUGACGAUAUAUCUUUAAGCUUCGGUGAAUUCAUAUGUAUGCUGCUAAAGUCUCAAGGAAAUUAUCGAUUUUCUGCUCUUACUUCAAGUGGUGAGGAAAUUUACGUUUCUAUUCCAGAGAAAUUCAGAAAUGCAUACUUUUUUCGUGCAAAUUCGUUUGUUAUUUGCUUUCCUCUCGAAAUGCCCAAAGUUAGGGGCGAGAUUGUCUGUAUGCUUAGUGAUGACCAAGUACUAACAUUGGCUAGUAAACCGGACUGGCCUACUAUAUUUACCAACCUACCAAAAGGAAGGAAUAUUGAUAAAGGGGAAUCAUAUGUGGAUCCGGACCUGUUGCCACCUUCGAAUAGUGAGAGUGAAGAGGAUGAAGAGGAAUCAAGCAGCGAACCGAUUGAAAGUAAUUGUGUUUAA